CAGCAUAAAAUAAAAAGAGAGAGAGAGAGAGAGAGAGCACAAGACACUCCAGAGCAUACACUUUUGGAACCUGUGGAACUUGCGGAACCAUGGCUCCUGAUCUGCCGUCACUGCUGGACCGGAACCCGACCGACUGGACCGUCUACAUCAACGAGAAACUCAAGCAAAUGCCCAUCGACGAGCAACAGAACUGGAAGACGCGGUGUGUCUACAGGCUCCCGGCCUGCGUCACCGACCUCAACCGCAAGGCCUACCAGCCGCAGGCUGUCUCCUUUGGCCCCUACCACUACGGCCAAAAACACCUCUUCCCCAUGGAGGAACACAAGCAGCGCGCGCUCCUCCACUUCCUCAAGCGGUCCGGGAAGCCCCUCGAGUGCUUCCUCGAGUCCCUGACGGCGGUGGCGCAGGAACUCGAGGAGAGCUAUGACGCGCUGGGCCCGGAGUGGAAGGAGUGUGGCGGCGAGGGCGCGGCGGGCCGAUUCCUGCAGCUGAUGAUCACUGACGGCUGCUUCAUGCUCGAGAUCCUGAAGUCCGCGACAGAGACAUCGAACGACUACGCGUCCAACGACCCCAUCUUCAGCAAACACGGGAAGCUCAACAUAAUGCCGUACAUUAAGCGGGAUAUGCUGAUGCUGGAGAAUCAGCUUCCGAUGCUAGUGCUGGAUCGGCUGGUCGGUGUCGAGAAGGACGGCGAAUUCGUCAACAAGCUAAUCCUCAAGUUCUGCCGCCCCUGCACGCGCUACGAAAAGAUGGGCAAAUGCCUGCACGUCCUGGACGUCUUCAGGAAGAGCAUGCUGAUGGAGCCCAAGACGGCCCAGCCUGAGCUGGACAAGAUGGGGCACGAUGGCGGUGAGGAGAUUAUCCGGUCGGCCACCGAGCUCGACGAGGCCGGGAUCCGAUUCAAGAAGAGCGAGAACGAGAGCCUCAAGGACAUCUCCUUUUCCAGCGGGGUCCUUAGGCUCCCCGUGAUCGUGGUGGACGACGCCACCGAGUCCAUGUUCCUCAACCUCAUAGCGUUUGAGCGCUUCCAAGUUGGGGCCGGCAACGAGGUCACUUCCUACAUCUUCUUCAUGGACAACAUCAUCGACAGCGAGCGGGACGUAGCACUGCUCCACGCCCGAGGCAUCAUCCAGAAUGCCAUCGGAAGCGACAAGGCGGUUGCCAAGCUGUUCAACUCGCUGUCCAAGGAUGUGACGCUUGAUCCCGAGAGCAGCCUCGACGCCGUGCACAAGGAGGUCAGCAGGUACUGCAAGAAGCCCUGGAACGCGUGGAGGGCUAAGCUCAUCCACACCCACUUCAGGAAUCCUUGGGCUAGAUCGGCUCUCAUCGCCGCCAUCUUCCUCUUCGGGCUCACCAUAAUUCAGACGGUAUAUAUGGUGAUCAGCUACAAGGGUUGAACCUACCCUUGCCUCUGUGCAAUAUAUUUUUUGCAGUUUUGGGUUUUUCUCCGGAUGCGCUGAUGCUCGAUCAUUAUCUCUUGAUCGGUUGUCGAUUGUUUGUUCUGAAUGAUUUUCCUCUUGUUUUCAGUCUUGUUCAUUCUCCCUCUUUGAAUGUUUUGGAUGAUGGACAUUUGGCUUUUUUAUAUAUCAUUAUCAAAUGAUGAUUCUCUUGUUUCAGUCUAA